GAGAGGGAGAGGUCGGGGUUCCUUUGAGGAGGACAGAAGCAGCAGAAGCAGGUUUUGGAAGGAGGACUGUCCGACACCUGCCAGCACUCAGGAUCGUCUCUGUCUGUAGGACUUUAGGCUUUCAUCCCUUCACCUUUGGCCUGACCAACACACCAGCCCAUCACCAUGAACUACCUUCGCAGGCGUCUGUCGGACAGCAGCUUUGUGGCCAACCUCCCCAAUGGCUACAUGAUGGAUCUGCAGAGGCCGACCCCAACAGGUUCGUCAUCUUCCUCUCCCGCCUCCCCAGCUACAGAGAGACGGCAGCCUCCAGGUACUUCGAGUCAGACUCAGGGCUCAGCUUCAGCUUCAACCACGGGGAACAUCCUCAGCUCCUUUUCCAGCGUGGUGAAGUCUGCUCAGGUGGCCCAGAAUGUUGCUGCUGCUGCACACGCCAAGUCAGCAGCAACAGGCACUGAGGGAGCCUCAACAGGAAGUAGCCAGCCAUCCAAGACUGUCAUACGCAAGCCCAAGAUUCUGCUAGUCAUCGAUGAUCAGCACACAGACUGGGCAAAGUAUUUCCGAGGCAAGAAGUUGAACGGGGAGUACGAGAUCCGAGUGGAACAGGCAGAGUUCUCUGAGAUCAACCUUGCCUCCUACGUCAACUCGGGAUGUAUGCUGGACAUGCAGGUCAACAAAGGAGGCACUAAAGUGGUCAGGUCUUUGAAGCCAGACUUCGUCCUGGUUCGACAGCAUGCCUACAGCAUGAUCCCCGGUGAGGACUUCAGGAACCUUGUGAUUGGCCUGCAUUUCGGUGGCGUCCCAAGCAUCAAUUCUCUAUUUUCCAUUUACAACUUCUGCAGCAAACCCUGGGUGUAUUCUCAGAUGAUUAAGCUCUACCACUCCCUCGGCCCAGAGAAAUUUCCCCUGAAUGAACAGACCUUCUAUCCCAACCACACGCAGAUGGUUUCAAGCCUGUCCUACCCUGUAGUUGUCAAAAUGGGACACGCACACGCUGGCAUGGGAAAGAUCAAAGUGGAAACUCAAGAGGACUUCCAGGACAUCACCAGUGUGGUGGCGCUGGCUGGGACCUACGCCACCUCUGAGCCAUAUGUCCAGUCCAAGUACGACAUCCGCAUCCAGAAGAUCGGCAGCAACUACAAGGCUUACAUGAGAACAUCCAUCUCCGGUAACUGGAAAGCUAACACGGGCUCGGCCAUGCUGGAACAGAUCGCCAUGACGGACAGAUAUCGGAUGUGGAUCGACUCCUGUGCCGAGAUGUUUGGUGGCCUCGACAUCUGUGCAGUGAAGGCAGUUCACGGAAAAGACGGCAACGACUAUAUCAUUGAGGUGAUGGACAGCUCUAUGCCUCUGAUUGGUGAACACAUGGAAGAAGACAAACAGCUGAUCACAGAGUUGGUCCUUCAUAAGAUGGCCUCGGUGCUGCUGGGAGUCUCCACACCUCAACCAUCAUCUGUUAAGACAACACAGUCCAGACGAGGGGGGAAUCGUUCUGCAUCCGCCUCACCAUCCCAGUCAGCUCGCGGGUCGCCGCAGCGAGCCCGCUCAGCCACCACCUCACCCAGCCAGGCCUUCCAGCCGGGGCCGAUACCCGUCUCUUCUGGACCCGGAUCUCAGAAACCGUCACCACAGCUGAACAAGUCCCAGUCACUGACUAACACUUUCACUGAGACGUUACGGGGAACUCUGACGGAUGACGAAGCCAAAGCCGAGACCAUCCGCAGCCUCCGACAGUCAUUUGCCAGCCUCUUCUCGGAUUAAAAACCUCCCCCUAAACUUCAUGUUCGUGUCAAGUCAUCAAGUUUGAGAAAACUUCCAACUUGUUCACCUGUUAUUCCGGAGUCUCCUUCUUCCUCACAGCCUCAGCUUCCCUUCUCUUUCUCUGUGAAGUUUGCCACCUGGUGCAACACGCUGUCCUCAGAUCAACCACAAGUUUACCGCUAGAAAGGCCAUUAAUGGUAUGUUUAAGAGUUUAAAAAAAAGGUGUCAAACAUAUUUAUGAAUUUUAUUUCAAGCAUCUCGAUGUCUUUAUCUGGCGAGUUCAAAUUCUGAACAAUCAAACCAGAUGCUAACAGCAGGACUUUUGUAGUUCUGCAUACAUAUCAAAUAAUCAGUGAAAUUCAUGUCAGCAGCCAGCAAAUGGCAGUGUGGCCUUUCUAGUGAGAAAUACUUGGGGGGGAGCUAAUCUAAUGUGUACCGCUUGGUUUAUUCAUUCAGUCAUUUCUUUGACAUGUUAGCUUACGGAAGGUUUGCAAUAUUAUUGGCAAAGGUUACUGUAAUAAUGUGUUGAAUCCUCAUGGUUCACCAGCGAUAUUAAUCCUCUUUCUAGUCAUAUUUCCCACAAACGCCGGCGUACGUAGUGAUUCGUCUACCUUGGUCUAGCGUAACCAAAGUGCUAUUUAAUAAGACGUAACUUCCCUUGUCACAUGUAGGGUU